GCCGGCCCCACUAACAUUACCGUAUCUACAACCUCCCUCCAGACACAGCGCCCUCAUUCACCUCCCGGCGACAGAACGACACAAGCCAACGGGCAAGCGAUUGGAGCGGGGCCCACCAUCCAAGAUGCUCCUCCUCGACUACCAGAAUGUGCUGAUACAGUCGGUGCUCACGGAGCGCUUUUCCGGAGCGCCGCCCGUGUCCAUCGACCAGACCGUAUCCGACUUCGACGGCGUCACGUUCCACAUCUCGACCCCUGAGUCCAAGACCAAGAUCAUGGUCUCCAUCCAGAUCCGCUGCUUCAAGGACCUGCUGCGCUACGGCGCUGAGGAGGUGCUCAAUCGCGAGUACGGUCCCUACGUCGUGCCGCCAGAGCCCGGCUUCGACUUCUCCAUCGUCGUCGACCUGGAGAAUCUGCCCGCAGACAAGGAGGCCCGCGACGAGCUGGUCAAGAAGAUCUCGCUGCUGAAGCGCAACGCCAUGGCCGCCCCCUUCGAGCAGGCCUACCAGGAGCACUAUCACCUCAAGGCCGAGGCGGCCAAGUUCACCUCCGAGGAGGCUCCCCAGGGCGUGCGCGAGGGCGGCGAGGUCAAGGCGAUCCACUACCGCGAAGAGGAGGCCAUCUACGUCAAGGCCAGCCACGACCGCGUCACCGUCAUCUUCAGCACCAUCUUCCGGGAAGAGACGGACCGCGUGUUCGGCAAGGUCUUCAUCCAGGAGUUCGUCGAUGCCCGCCGGCGCGCCAUCCAGAACGCGCCCCAGGUGCUGUUCCGCAAUGACCCGCCGCUCGAGCUGCAGGGCGUGCCGGGCGUGAAGAAUACGGGAACCGGCGAGAUCGGCUACGUUACGUUUGUCCUCUUCCCGCGACACCUGACCCCGCAGCGAAUGCCCGAGGUCAUCUCGCACAUCCAGACCUUCCGCGACUACUUCCACUACCACAUUAAGGCCUCCAAGGCGUAUAUUCACUCCCGCAUGAGGCGGCGGACAGCAGACUUCCUCCAAGUCCUCCGCAGAGCCAGGCCGGACAACGAAGAGAAGGAGCGCAAGACGGCGAGCGGGAGAACCUUCAAGGUCGGGAGCUGAGGAUCUAACGUGUAUAGACCUGACACGACAAACGACGAUAGCAUAUGCGGACGAAUGCAGAUUAAAUUGCCUGAACUGCCUGCGUGUUGACCUACGCCGAGAGGUUCCUUCUCUCCUCCCGUGCAAAAAAAGGGUUGCUGUGCUU